AUGAUUGUUUUACAAGCUGAAAUUUACAAAGAAAACGCCAAAGCAGCUUCAUCAAAGAAAGAGUCCAAGGAAACUAAGGAACAAGCCAAACCAGAGCCUUCAAAAGAAGAUGCUGAAGCAAAAGAAAAGGCCAAAUUAACUCCAGAAAAGAAAGAAGCUGCAGUUAUUAAAGAAAAGGACAAAUCAGCCCCUGCAAAGAAAGAUGCUGCAGUUAUUAAAGAAAAGGUGAAAUCAGCCCCUGCAAAGAAAGCUGAAAUUCACAAAGAAAAUGCCAAAGCAGCUUCAUCAAAGAAUGAGUCCAAGGAAACUAAGGAACAAGCCAAACCAGAGCCUUCAAAAAAAGAUGCUGAAGCAAAAGAAAAGGCCAAAUUAACUCCAGAAAAGAAAGAAGCUGCAGUUAUUAAAGAAAAGGACAAAUCAGCCCCUGCAAAGAAAGAUGCUGCAGUUAUUAAAGAAAAGGUGAAAUCAGCCCCUGCAAAGAAAGCUGAAAUUCACAAAGAAAAUGCCAAAGCAGCUUCAUCAAAGAAUGAGUCCAAGGAAACUAAGGAACAAGCCAAACCAGAGCCUUCAAAAAAAGAUGCUGAAGCAAAAGAAAAGGCCAAAUUAACUCCAGAAAAGAAAGAUGCUGCAGUUAUUAAAGAAAAGGACAAAUCAGCCCCUGCAAAGAAAGAUGCUGCAGUUAUUAAAGAAAAGGUGAAAUCAGCCCCUGCAAAGAAAGAAAUUUACAAAGAAAAUGCCAAAGCAGCUUCAUCAAAGAAAGAUGCUGAUGUUUUUCAAGAAAAGACGAGACCAGUUCCUGCAAAGAAAGUGAAAACUGUAAAAGACAAGGCAAAACCAGCACUAGCUAAGAAAGAGGCUGAAGUUGGCAAAGAAAAGUCCAAACCAACACCUGCAAAGAAAGAACUUGUUGCACCACUGGGGAAAGCACGACCAAACAUUGGAAUCAAAGAACCUGAAGUCAUUCACAGAAAUCACAGUCACAUAAAUGCUUCUCUUACAAAGGAGAGAGUGAAAGUUGUACUUGUAAAGAAAGAACCUGCUCUGAAAGAGAAGGCCAUGCCAGCCCCUGCAAAGAAAGAACGUGAGGCUCCCAACCAGAAAGCCAAACCAGUAUCUCAAAAGAAAGAACCUGCUCUGAAAGAAAAGGCCAUGCCAGCCCCCGCAAAGAAAGAACGUGAGGCUCCCAACCAGAAGGCCAAACCAGUAUCUCAAAAGAAAGAACCUGAGGGUGUGAAAGAGAAGGACAAACCAGACCCUCUUAAGAAAGAACAUGAAGCUACAAAAAAGAAGGCUAAGCCAGCAACUGUAAUGAAAGAGCCUGAUGCUCCAAAGGAGAAUGCCAGACCUGUGAAAAAAGAUACUCCCAAAGAAAAGGCUUCCAAAUCAGUCCCUGUAAUGAAAGAAAAGUCUGCUGAGAAGAAGCCUGCCAACGAAGAGAAAGCAAAGGCAGAGCCUGUUAUAACAGACCCCUUCGCCACAGAAGAUGAGAUGCCCUACUUCCAGUGCUUUUUUGUGGAUGAAGAUGAGGCCCAGUAUCCCUUCUACCCUUUCUCACCUCUCCAGAUGUGAGAGCCCUGCCCAGUGAAGAGCACAGUAUAGAAAGCAAUGGGACGAGAUGGGCGACACCUUUAGUGAGGAGUUAAUAAUAAGACCAAGCCAUGGAAUCCACUACUGCUAUGUUGCAGUCUAGCGUCCUGAGCUGGUCUUCAACAGAAACCUAGGACAGCAAAGCACUUUGAGUGAAUUCGUUGAGCUCUCAUGGGUAGCCAACAUCAUUCCUGUCCAAAUGUGUUUGUGUUAUAUUUUGUUUUUGAUAGCUGAUAUGGCAUGAGUUGAUCUAUAUCAUGACAUAAGUAUUUUGAAUGAAACAAUGCAUACUGUGUUUACAUCUGCAGAUUAGCCUUUUUUAGGGCCAUGCCAAUUUGCUUGAUUCAAUUCCCGCUUUGAUAGUUGUCAGUUGUCUCAAUUGAAUGUUAUAUUUAAACAAAUUGGAACACAGAUUGUACCGUUGGCUUUCAUACUUUUCAAAUUCUCAGCGCAGCGCAAGCAAUUUAUCUGUCUGUCAUCACAUUCAAUUGAAUUGGAGCUGCAUAUGGAAGCCGAGCAGUGUUGGUCUAGAAUUUGGGGGAAGAGCUUGGUUGGGCUGGACUACAGACUGCUGCUCUGUUGCUGUGGACUAUGAAUUACGCUUUAUUUACAUGAACAUGGGCUCUAUAUCAUUGCUCUCAUACUAAGACAUCAGUGGGUCGUUCCAUCUAAAAAAUUCACAAGAAAGAGGCUUUCGACACCCACCUUCUCAGAUUGUACUGAAAUUGUUUCUGUCAGGGAACAUAUAAGAUUAGUGUUCCUGCAACAAUAUUUUGUUGAAAUAUAAUUUGAUCUCUGAUAAAUUAAGCUAAUUGAUUCCACCCAAAUUGGCCAUUACAUUCAAUAAAUGUAGACCCUAACCUCCAGGAUUGCUUUUCUUAAGGAAUUCCUCCCCACUUCAUGUUAAAGGGACAGUUCACCUAAAUUACAUAAUUACAUUUGGUUUCCUUACCUGUUAGCAGUCUUUGAAGAAAUAAAUUAAACAGCCCAUGUGUUGGUUUUGUUGUCCACUGACUCAAAUUCAAACUUUUUUGCAUUUGUGACACAACUCCAAUGCAAGUCAAUGGUACCUGUAUUAGCAUUUUCAUGCUUCAUGUCCAAAUCAUUCUGAAGUAUUUAAAGCUGUUAUGUUACUGACAGAUGAUUUAGAUAUGAAGCUUGGAAAUGCUUAUAUAGGUACCAUUGACUUGCAUUGGAUUUGUGCCACAAAUGCUAAAAUGUUAGCAUUUCAAACACCGGCCAGAUUAACAAAACCAAAACAUGGGUUGCUGUCAUAACUUGUCCCUAAACUGCUUACAGGGUAAGGAAACAAUAUGUCAUUUGGGUGAACAAUCCCUUUAGCACUGAGGGGGAUUCUGAAAAAAUAACUACAAAUAGGAACAGCACCAUCUAGUGGUCAGAACAUUGUAAUAUCAAGAUGUAGGAUGGGGCAUUAACCUAAUUUAAAUUAUUAAUUUCUCUGAACAGGAAGAAAAAAACAUCACCAAAUUCACUGAGAAUACAUUACAUAGGAUGAAGAAAUAACACUCUGAGUCACAGCUCCAUACUAUUCGUCAAACAUAGAAAACUAAUACUGUAUUCUCUUUAUUUAGGGUGGGAUUGGCGUUGGGUGUGUGGUGUCCGUGGGUGGCUUUUGAUAGUUUCUUUCGAUUCCUCAUGUCUUACUCCUUGUUAGAAAAAGGUUUGGUCCAAAUCCGAUGUCAGGUACUAUAUUUAUUGAAUAUUAUAUGAUUCAUAUAAUAUUCAAUAAUUAUACUACCUAACAUCGGAUUUGGACAAAAUGUUUUUCUAACAAGGAGUGAGACAUGAGGAAUCGAUACAUUUAAAUGGGCAAUUUGUGUGCAAUCAAUUAGCGUAAGUACUCAGAGAUUAAAUUAUAUUUCCACAAAAUAAUAUUGCAGAAAUGCUAAUCUUAUCUGUUUCUAACUACAGAAAUGAAAUUAUUUCAGACCAAUCUGCGAUGGUGGGUGUCAUGGCUUGCUGAAAUGACAUACAACAACCUCAGUGGAUUUUUACCUUACUUUGUGAGACGUUUUUGUUUUUAAUGUUGUAUUUCUUGCCCUUCUGUUCACAAUGGUAACUCACAAUGAGAUAGUACUUCCAUUGUAGCUGAAUAUGUUUUCUCAUUGAUUUUCAGGCUCCAUUGCUUUCUUCCAUUUUCUUCUAUUCCUCUUCAUCAGUCUGCGUUUGUUAACUUUGAGGAAGCAUAAAGCUUUUCAUCAAAUUCAUAGGGACCUCA